UUUCUUUCUCAAAUUUUCUUCUCCUUCUAUUUUCUUCUCAAAUUUGUUCAAAAGGUAUUCUCAAUUUCAAUUCUCCAUUUCAUCUCACAAAUCUCAAAUUAGGGUUUUUCUUGUGACUUACAAGACUUUUCCCCUAUUCUCGCAAUUUAACCUCUGCGUCAAUUAGGGUUUCUGCAUCAUUUUCUGCGUAAAUUGGGCCUAGCGGUGUUGAAAGUCCAACUAGCUAAUCGGUACUCGAUAUGUCCACUGACGAUAGGAUCUUACAUUCAUCGAUCGGUUUGCAUAAUACGAGAGCGAAAAUGGAGAAGAGGAUCACCCUACUUCAGACCGUUGCCACCGCCGGUGUUUUCUCCGCCGUUUCCUUCUGGUAUGGAUUCAUGUUUGGCCGAGAAUCCUCUCGCAAAGAGCUCUCUCAGUUAAUUGAAGAUCUCCGUCGUGGAAAUCCAACUUCUCCUCCUCCUCCUCAUUCUUGAAGGUGGUUUGCAAAACAGGUUUUUGCAUCCAGAUAUAGUUGCUGACUACAAUUAUAUAUUUCUUUGGGAUGAGGACCUUCUUGUCGACAAUUUUAACCCGAAAAGGUAUUUAUCUAUUGUUAAAGAAGAAGGACUAGAGAUAUCACAGCCUGCACUGGAUCGUGAUAAAUCAGAAAUUCAUCAUCCACUGACAGCACAUAUAGCAGGAUCAAAAGUGCACAGAAGGUAUUAUAAGUUAAAAGGUAGUGGAAAGUGUGAUGACAGUAGCACUGCUCCUCCUUGCUUAGGACAUUGUUUUGCAGGUGGGUGGAAAUGAUGGCACCAGUGUUUUCUAAAAAAUCUUGGCAAUGUGUGUGGCGUGUGGUACAGAAUGACUUAAUCCACGCAUGGGGACUAGAUAGACAGCUUGGUUAUUGUGCACAGGGCGAUCGUAUGAGAAAUGUUGGUGUGGUGGAUUCUGAGUACAUAGUUCAUCUUGGAAAUUGCUGGCAGAACAAUCAAGGUUUCGUCUGUGGCGGACCAUGUUGGAAGCCAAGAUACGACAUCAAAAUCUGCAGACUUUGAUGAUGAUGAAGGUGGAUUGGUAAGUUUUAUAUAUAUAUAUAUAUAUAUAUAUAUAUAACUAAAUAAAUAGCUUCCACAGGACAAUGUGUUGUUUAAAUCUUUAUUUCAUCAUACAGUACAUUUGUUUAGGUGGAUGAUUAUUUACUCAGCUUGUUAGGGUUGAUUGACAGUAAGUUUUGUUUAAUUCAAAUUUUCAAUAUUAUUUUAGUAACUUUCGAUUUUGGCUUAGGUGUUUUUAUAGAUCUUAUAACUGUAUUGAAGUUUUAGUUCUAUCGAGUGUUUAACCAUUUUUCCUCUUUUCUGGAUGUUUUCGGUGUUGAUUUUUUGUAGAUUCGCUAAACUUAGGUUAAACAUGGUGCUUCCCACAUUAUGUAUUUCAUGAUCUGAAG